UCGGAGCCGCUCAACGUCCGCGACCUCUUUCCGCCGCCCAUGACGGAAACGAUCGACGGCGUGCUGCAGUUGCGACAGCUUCACGUCAACAUGAUGCCGAUCUACAUGGAUACAUACAGCGCCCUCCCGCCCGACGUGGAGCGCUACCAGCAGCUCAUCCUUGCGUGCGUCCAAGAGCUCCCAUACGAAGAGCGCGGCCGCGUCGGGUAUCUCACUGUCCACGAAGGCUAUGUCGAUGCAGGGACAAGUCAGCGCCGCGGUGGCCUCCACAUUGAAGCGCCCAACGCCAAACGCGGGGGCUUUGCCAACGCGAAUGCUGGCGGAGGAGCCGUCGAGUGCACGGUCGAGCCAAUCUACUGGGGCGAUGGCUCCUGCGUCGAGAACGAGAUCUCGGGUGGCAUCUUCAUCGCCUCCAGGGUCGCCGACGCGUGCGAGGUUUGGAACUGCACCAUUCGAGACAAGGACGAGGUUGUGGGGCCUUUUGGCGGCAUCGAGCGCCUUCGUGGCGUCCUCCGCGACUGCGAGAGCGUCAAGCUGGAUGCAUACGAGCUGCUGUGGCUGACGGACCGCACCCCCCACGAAUCGCUGCCGCUGCCGACGCGCACGUAUCGCCAGUUCUUUCGCCUCGUCACGAGCAACGUUUCGCUCUGGUUUGCCGACCACUCGACGGCCAACUCUCUCGGGUGCGUUCCCAUUGCGCGCGUCGUGCACGGCAACAAAUUCGGGCGCGCUUCGGCCCAUGUCAACCAGCGCCACGAGCCGGUCAAGACCAUCUAAUACAAGAAAUUUGUGCAAGCAUA